AUGUCCACUGAACAUAAUUGGCUCAACGGAAGCGAUCAACACAGAUGGCUCGAGGACGACCUUGCCAAUGUGGAUCGCGAGAAGACGCCGUGGGUAAUCGUGACUGGUCACAGACCAAUGUAUCAGACUUGCAAGAGUUUCGGCUCGAACCAGCAAAUAUCCGACCAUUUGAUCUCGGACGUUGCGCCAGUUCUCAGGAAGCAUCACGUUGAUGUUUUCGUUGCUGGUCAUUACCAUCGGUACGAACGCACGGCUGCUAUCGAAGGUAUCGUCCAUGUCUUGGCGGGCUCUCCACGCUUUCUCGGGGGCCCGUGUGCUCGCAUUGAAGUGCCAUGGUAUCGAAAAGCUCUUCUGACUCAUGGCUAUGUUGAACUUGAUGUCGUCGAUUCGUCCGUUCUUAACUUCACGUAUUGGUCAUAUAAUUCCACCAUCAAUGCUGUGACAGUUGCUGAUAACUUCCAAGUCCGUAAAGCUCAAUAG